AUGAAUCAGUUUCUUUGUCUUUCUAUAAGGCUUAUCAGGCCAGGCGUCCGAAUGAGGGCUUUUUCGGCAAAGCGUUCCCCCUCAGAUAUGCUAAAAAAUACAAAUGAGCUUGAMCAGCCGAUAAAGUUGCACGAGGCAGACCCGCAGUUUGAUUCGCUGUACGAAGCCAGACAAGACAAGACAUCCAACAAAUUCUAUCAUCAAAAUUUGGCUUUAGCAUCCAUCAAUGACUCUGACGAACCAAGAUUGGAGGAAUUGUUUGAGGCUCCGCCAUUCAAUUCUUCCAUAAUCAUGUCUCUAUCGAGGCAGAAAUUGGCCAGUUUGAAAGAGUUUAAGAUUCCGGUUGGAGAGGAUCAAAUAGAACACACUCUGGCCAAUGAAUUUCGAGAUGCUCCUUUUAAAACGAAUUGGGACAAAUUUUCUCCUCUACUUCCAAGUGAAGCUGAAGCCAUAAAGGUGGUAUCUCAAAAGUUUAUUUGGGAGCAGUUACAGGAAUCGACAAGGCCAUCCUCGUCAAAUAUACCAUAUGCUGAGUUUCCAAAAACGCCGAUUUCCUCGGAGAAAAUAUCCGAGGAAUGUCAAAUAGUUGAAAAGGAGAUGAUCACAGGCGAUUACUCGAGGUACCAGCCUGCAAUCAACAGCGACAUUACCAAGGGCAGGUCAUAUAGCCAAGAAGCCACUUCGGUCCUAAUGUUUGCAGCUAAGACUCUCGGCAGAAAUCCAACCCUACACCCUUCAAUGAAAGCCAAGACUCUGUCAAUUAUAGCGGACAUAGUGGCCUCGCCUUGCAGUUGA